AUGGCGCAAGCAACAAAAGACAGCUUUCUCGACUUGGAGAAGUAUCGCCUACAACUUGAGGAUAACAUAGCAAAACUUCGAAAAUCGCUACAGCACUGGCAGACGUGGGAUGCGGAAUAUGAUGGCUUGAAAGAAGAAAUUCUUUCAGCAGAUCCUACCCCAAAUCGCGAGGAACUCAUCUCUAUCGCGCGAAGUUACGAAGCCGAUCUGGUCAAAGGAAAAGAAAUCGAAGAUAUACUUGGUACUAGUACCCAAAGAAGCGCCGAACAAGUUGUGAAUCUGUUAGAUCGACGACUAGACUAUGUUCAGCAAAACAUCAGAACAAUCGAGAAGCAAAUCGAGACCGCAGAGGAAAAAUUGGCCAAAGCGACUAUCAUUAGUACUCCGGACGUAAGAAAUGAGGAAGGACUUCCUGUAACAGAAAUCAUCGAAGAGUUGGAUGAUGAAGGAAAUGUCAUUUCAUCAAGACUAUCAACACCAGGAAAUGUGAAGCCACAAUUAUUAGAGGUACUACACAAAGCCGGAAUAAUAGAGCCGGUAUCAAAGGAUGAAUCGGGUGUCGUGGAAGAGGUAGAAGAUGAUGGACCAGCCAGCAAAGCUUCAAUACAAGUCGACACUACCCCCCAGGCGACCGAAACGAAGAGCGUUAAGGAAUCCACCCCACCCACUACAUCUUCCAAGCCUGGACCGAAGAGUGUGAAGUUUACAGAUGAUUCGAAAACAGAGUCCGCGGAAUCAAAUGCAACGAUUUCUCCAGCCGCAAAGCGCCUUGAACAAAUUAUGCAAGCUGCGAGAGAAUCGGAAAAGCUUUCAUUUGAACCUGCCGUCAUACCUACCGAUGAAUCUCCAGAGGAUGCUGCUUUACGACGAGAUAUGUUACAAUAUGGAAUGUCAGAAGUUGGAUCUGUAGUGGCGGAAAUCAAUCUAGAAGAUGGAAGUGACUGGGAAUCUGAAGACUAUGCAGACGAUUCUGAUAGCGAUGAUGAGGAUCAAUUUGGAAAAUCAACACGUCAAGUUAUGGAUGAUGAGCUCCGUCAACGUAUGAUUGAGCUUGAAGAAAAGCUUGGUGUUAGGAUGAUGGAGAAUGUUGGAAAGAGUUCUGAUGAUUAUGGCAUGGUCCAAGAAGGAAUUGGACGGAUAUCUAUUAGUGGCGAGGAUAACAAGGACUCUAGCAAGGGAAUCCUCACAACCUCCAGCAAGGGAAAAUUGAAGGAUUCCAAUGCCGCUAAUUCCGAUGACUCUUCAAAGAAAAGCGUCAAGUUUGCAGAGGAGCUAGAUGUUUCACCAGCCCCCGAUCAGCCAGUCACCUCCUCCUCAAAGGCCGAGAUGAAAACUGCCCCCGUGGGAGACAUCAUUGAGAGAAAAGCUCCAGGGCCAUCUUCUUUUGCUCCACCUGUUCAAAAGAAGGCUUCUCGUUUCAAGACAUCUCGAGCUCCAUUAAGCAAUAGCACUAAUGGCAUUUCUUCUACCACUUCGAUCACCACAAAUCCUUCCCAUCUCAAAUUAUUCCCUGCCACUCCAGCUACCCCUAAGCCCUUCUCUCAACCAAUUCAAUUUGCACCGGCCAUCGAAAAGCCCCGAGAAGUUCCCACAGGUCCCGCAAACCGUACACUCGCGCCCAACAUCAUCGAACGAGAUGUACCACAUGACACCAACGCAGCCCCACCAGAUGAAUUUGAUCCGCAAUUAUUACACCAAGAAGUUGCGACUGAAUAUCAUCGAAUGAGAAACAAGAUCAUCGGUAAACAAGGUGGAUUUGGUCCGGAGGAAGAAGGUGAGAUUGUACCAUUUACGGAAGAAGAAGGGGGCCCAAAGAAAGUUAGUAGGUUCAAGGCAGCGAGACUGGCGAAAUCUUGA